AUGGCGUCUGCUAAACUGCUUGUUAACUCGGACCUGCAGAAUGAUAGGAAAAGGGCUACAUUUGAUGUAGAAAAACUGACCAACUUUAUAGAUGGUGGUGCUGAAAAGACAAGUAGGAGGCGUUACAUUCAAAACACAGCUGUAAACGAUCAUGCGGCCUUGAAGUUGAAGCCUUGGGCGUUCCGCACGCGCGAGGAAAACUAUGAGGCAGUGGUUAGGAAACAGGUCCAAGUGGCCCGCCGCAGUAAGGAGCUCGGACUCAACAACCAGGAAAUUUCUAUAUACGAGGAGACUUUUCAGUCACACGAAAGCAACCGUAUUGGUCCAAGAAAUGGAAUGUUUCCUCCUACUAUUGAAAAACAAGGAACUACAGAACAGAAAAAAAAGUUUCUUCCACUUAUACAAAACAUGACUUUAUUGGGAUGUUAUGCUCAAACCGAAAUGGGACAUGGCACUUUCGUCCGAGGGCUUGAAUCAACUGCGACGUAUGAUCCGAAAACAAAGGAAUUCAUAUUGAACACACCAACGAUAACGUCAAUGAAAUUUUGGCCCGGAAGUCUUGGGAAAACUUCAAACGUGUGUGUUUUCCUGGCACAGCUGUAUACUCAAGGAAAAUGUCAUGGAAUACAUACAUUUGUACUUCCUCUCAGGGACAUCGACACUCACGAAUCCCUCCCAGGUAUAGAAGUGGGUGAUAUUGGUCCAAAAUUUGGAUUCAAAGAGAACGACAAUGGCUAUUUAAGGGUGAACAAUGUGAGAAUACCCAGGGACUAUAUGUUGAUGAGAUAUGCCAAGGUUCUGGAGGAUGGCACAUAUGUCAAACCAGAGAACAGCAAGAUAACUUAUGGCACGUUGAUCCUAUCACGUGUAUUCCUGUGUGUUGUUAUUUUUGUAUAUACUGAUUCUAAAAGUGCGAGUUACUUGUGUCUUGACAGAGGUCCAGAAGCCCAGGUCCUUGAUUAUCAAACCCAGCAAACUAAGUUAUUCCCCUUGUUGGCGAAAUCAUAUGCCUUCAUAUUUGUGGCACGUGCAGUGGACCAAACAUUCAACAGAAUCAACAGUCAGAUAGAACUCGGAAAGUUGGACUAUCUAGCAGAGCUACACGCUUUAUGUGCGGGUCUAAAGGCCUUCACUACUGACCAGGCCGCAGCAGGUAUAGAGGUAUGUCGUAUGUCAUGUGGUGGCCAUGGAUACUCUGACGCCAGUGGUCUUCCGAAGAUCUAUGUCUCUGCAACUGCUAUGUGUACAGUAGAGGGAGAGAACUCUGUCAUGUUGCUGCAGAUGGCGAGAUUCCUGAUCAAAUCAUACAACAAGAUGAAAACAGGACAUCCACUGAAAGGCUUCGUGGAAUACCUUGGCAACAAACAAACAGCCAGGUCGUCCAUGACGAAGAAUAUCACACUUCAAUGUCUACAGGAGGCCUACGAACAUAGGGCUGUCAGGAUGAUUGAGGAAGCAGCACAGUCACUUAAAAAACACCAAAAGCUCGGUCUUACAGCUGAGGAUGCUUGGAACCUUACAUCUACACAACUCACAUGGGCUGCCUUGGCCCAUUGUCAUGCCUAUGUUGUCAAAAUGUUUGUUUCCAUGGUAACAACUAUUGGUCUUGACGACAAUGUGCGAGCAGCAGUGACGUCCCUUUGCUUCCUGUAUGCCGUUGAUGGAAUACAUGAAAAACUUGGUGAAUUUAUACAAGAUGGCUUUUUUGACUCAGCCCAAGUAGACAUAUUGACAAACAAGAUGGUUACUCUUUUGUCCGAGAUACGGCCAAAUGCCGUUGCCAUGGUGGAUGCAUUUGACUUGCCAGACAUAAAUUUGGACAGCUGUUUGGGUCGUUAUGAUGGCAACGUAUACCAGGCUCUCUAUGACUACGCGAAGUCGUCUCCUUUGAACGAAAACGAUGUUUUGAGCUCCUUUCACAAGUAUAUCCAACCAUUGAGAAAGAUGAGUAAUAAGGACGGAGAACUGCAGGCAAAACUGUGAUCGUUAGCAAAUUCUGCUUCAACUGGUCUUAAGAAUAUUUAGUCAGAGUAUAUAAAUUUGUUAAUUUGUUCAUAUAGAACUGACCUAUGGACAUCUAGCAAUAGAUUUAAUAAAAGCUUACCGAUGUUUGGAAGCUUUCAAUGCUAUAUUUUAAUGUAGAGAGACAGCGAAAUUGUGGAAAUCACAAGGCACAUUGUAAAAAUUAAUGUAAGAUUAAUACAUCUUUAUUUUCCAAUUUAGUGAUGUUUAGAUACACAAACGCCAGUAGUCGAACCAGAGUAUUGGAUAAUCAACAAGUUAGCAAUCAAUCAUGUUAGUGAUAAUAAGAAAGCAAAAUGUCCGGUUUCUAUCGCCAGUAUUGAUAAUGAGCUCGAACACUGACAACCGUGUGGAUUUAUUCAAGAACAAUUCGAUUUCACUACAGCAAGGAACAUUGCUUCAGUCAAUUUCAUUGGGUGAAGAAUGUAGUUGCUCUUUUGAAUCAAAUUAAAUAAAUAGCGUGUAAACAGUACUACGGUCGUCUCACGAUUCACUUCGAAGUGUUCGACAGCUUUUUUGAAUUGUCACUGACCUUUGAGACCUUGUUGUGACCUUACCAUGGAUACAGCUCUGUGUCAGAUUCGCUCAGUGGCCGUUCUUGGAUUUGAUCCUUUUCAGAGGUUGGAAGUUUGAAAAAUGCUAACCAUCUUGUAGCAGGUUUAUUGUGUUCUCAUUUGGCAAUGUGACAUACGUUACUUGGAUUGACAAACAUUUGCGUAGCCAUAGUCUUCGAUAAUGCAGAAGACAUAUACUCUUUCGGUUUUAUUCGUGUAUUUUUUCAGAAUUAUCCAUGUGAAUGUUUCUUUUAAUCACAUAUUGCUCUAGUUAAUUUUUAAAAUUUUAGUUUUAUUUUAAGUUUGUUGAUAUCUCAGCAUUAAAUGCUCUUUUUUGUUGCUGUCAUCGUCGUUUAAUGGGAAAUUAAAUUGUAUAUGUAUUGAAAUGUGAUUUCCACCUGUGUGUCUCAUAAAUAUUUAUUGUAAUUUACUUGCCUUUAAUUAUGAAACAUUGCAAAUAUCAAGCAUACAUGUAAAAAAAAACUUGUCGAAUAAUGUAUUAUGUAUGAUAAGGAAGAAAAUUGUACUUUCUUCCAAAGUAAACACUUGACAUUUUGUCGUCUUGUUAAUCAGAGAAUAAGUGUUCGUGCAAGGUAUACGUGUCUUCGUUUUAUCUGUAGCUUCGAAGGCAUUAUUCUACUGGAAUGUCAUCUUUUUAUCACCUUCCUAAAUAUUUACUUGGAUUGCCUAAGAUGAAUAUGGGGGAUGUCGUCUAUGAAGCAGAAGACGCUUACUCUUUCAGAACAUCUUAUCUUCUUCCCCUUGUAUUUUUGUCAGAAGUCUUCAAGUAAACCAUUCUUUUGUUCAUAUUUUACCUGGUUUUAUUGAAUUUGAGGUUGGGUAAUAAAUCUAUUUAUAGGUUGA